AUGUCUUCGCAAGAGGGCUCUGCGGCGUAUCUGGCCGAGGACCGCGCCUUGUCGACAAUAGUCGUGCUGGUUCGGCUGUACGCUCGAGGGCUUCUCAUCCGUGAACUGGGCAUGGAUGAUUAUCUUAUCUUUUUCGGACAGGUAAUUGCGUGGGUCGACAUGGCACUUUCAGCAAAAGUCAUCCGCUACGGUGCUGGCGAACACCUGGUGGCUCUGGUACAAAAUUAA